AUGGAGGCCUUCAACCCGUGGAAGGACUACCUGGGCCUGGCCCGAGUGGUCGAAGCCUUCCGGAAGGAGCCGGGCCCCCGGGACGUCCGGCCCGAGGCGGCCGCGGCGGGGGAGAGGCGUCUCCCGCGGCCGGCCGGCCCGGAGGGCGGCCCCUCCUGCCCCUUCUGCAGACACAACGGCGAGGCGCGGCACAUCUACCUGUCGCACAACCUGAAGGACGCCGAGGGCCGGGUGGUCUGCCCCAUCCUCCGGGGCUACGUCUGCCCCCAGUGCGGGGCCUCCCAGGACGCGGCCCACACCAGGCGCUUCUGCCCCCUGACCAGGAACGGCUACACGUCCGUCUACACCUACGGGCCGCGGAACCCGGCUUCCAAGGCGGCCCCCGGGCCCCACCCGCCCAAGCCCAAGGGGACCCCGGCGGGGCCGGCGCCCCGGGGGUCCGCCUCGGCCCCGGGCGGCCGCUGA